GAUUUCAUUACAUUCAAACUUGUAUUACACGAACAUUUAUUUCGCUCCUAGUCUAUUCUGCAGAUCCAAAGCUUCCGUUUUUCCAUGUAUGAUCCACUGCCAUAGCCUCUUCUGUUCCAACACUAUUGUAGUUUGGACAUGACCGUUUGUACUGAAUUUCCUGCGGUUAUCCACAGUUUUCAACACAAUUGCAUUUCCGGAUUAUUUUAUCCUGAUUCGGUCAGCAGAUCGGAUAUUGGAAUUAGGCGAGUAGUGUUCCAGUUGUCUUUUCUUCCCUCUCUCACGUGCCUGUCAAGCAAUCAGGUGACAGAAUAGAACAGAAAACUGAGGAACCCUGCUAAAUUUGGAAAAUGUAGUUGGACAGUUUCGGCAUAGCGCGUUCGUUGACUGACGAGAUUGUGCAACAUGAACAAAAUCCUAUCAGGAGAUCAUUCAUGAAACGCGAGCGAUCAGAUUUCCUGCAAGUGGACUGCAAGAGAAGGCCAUCUGCUUCUCAUAGUAGAUAUGACUAAUGACGUCUCACCUAUCACUUGUAAAUAUUGCCUCAUCAAUUUUCGUAUUUGUUCUAUUUAUUGCAGUUAACCGAAUUGGUCACGUUUCACAACGAUCACAAUGACAUCGAGUUUCCUUAGUUACGCACCCUGUUCAAUGUAUAACAUAUUUUGUCAAGGGUGAAGAUGAUGUGAACAGAGAAACACGAAGCGUUGACAAACUACGGAAGCUAUAUUUGGGGACGUGAUUUCAUUACACUCAAACUUGUAUUACACGAACAUUUAUUUCGCUCCUAGUCUAUUCUGCAGAUCCAAAGCUUCCGUUUUUCCAUGUAUGAUCCACUGCCAUAGCCUCUUCUGUUCCAACACUAUUGUAGUUUGGACAUGACCGUUUGUACUGAAUUUCCUGCGGUUAUCCACAGUUUUCAACACAAUUGCAUUUCCGGAUUAUUUUAUCCUAAUUCGGUCAGCAGAUCGGAUAUUGGAAUUAGGCGAGUAGUGUUCCAGUUGUCUUUUCUUCCCUCUCUCACGUGCCUGUCAAGCAAUCAGGUGACAGAAUGGAACAGAAAACUGAGGAACCCUGCUAAAUUUGGAAAAUGUAGUUGGACAGUUUCGGCAUAGCGCGUUCGUCGACUGACGAGAUUGUGCAACAUGAACAAAAUCCUAUCAGGAGAUCAUUCAUGAAACGCGAGCGAUCAGAUUUCCUGCAAGUGGACUGGAAGAGAAGGCCAUCUGCUUCUCAUAGUAGAUAUGACUAAUGACGUCUCACCUAUCACUUGUAAAUAUUGCCUCAUCAAUUUUCGUAUUUGUUCUAUUUAUUGCAGUUAACCGAAUUGGUCACGUUUCACAACGAUCACAAUGACAUCGAGUUUCCUUACUUACGCACCCUGUUCAAUGUAUAACAUAUUUUGUCAAGGGUGAAGAUGAUGUGAACAGAGAAACACGAAGCGUUGACAAACUACGGAAGCUAUAUUUGGGGACGUGAUUUCAUUACAUUCAAACUUGUAUUACACGAACAUUUAUUUCGCUCCUAGUCUAUUCUGCAGAUCCAAAGCUUCCGUUUUUCCAUGUAUGAUCCACUGCCAUAGCCUCUUCUGUUCCAACACUAUUGUAGUUUGGACAUGACCGUUUGUACUGAAUUUCCUGCGGUUAUCCACAGUUUUCAACACAAUUGCAUUUCCGGAUUAUUGUAAGUUGUGGUCGCCUUAUUCAUCUAUAUUUUCAUGUAUGUUUUCACAGUUAUCCUAAUUCGGUCAGCAGAUCGGAUAUUGGAAUUAGGCGAGUAGUGUUCCAGUUGUCUUUUCUUCCCUCUCUCACGUGCCUGUCAAGCAAUCAGGUGACAGAAUAGAACAGAAAACUGAGGAACCCUGCUAAAUUUGGAAAAUGUAGUUGGACAGUUUCGGCAUAGCGCGUUCGUUGACUGACGAGAUUGUGCAACAUGAACAAAAUCCUAUCAGGAGAUCAUUCAUGAAACGCGAGCGAUCAGAUUUCCUGCAAGUGGACUGCAAGAGAAGGCCAUCUGCUUCUCAUAGUAGAAAUGACUAAUGACGUCCCACCUAUCACUUGUAAAUAUUGCCUCAUCAAUUUUCGUAUUUGUUCUAUUUAUUGCAGUUAACCGAAUUGGUCACGUUUCACAACGAUCACAAUGACAUCGAGUUUCCUUACUUACGCACCCUGUUCAAUGUAUAACAUAUUUUGUCAAGGGUGAAGAUGAUGUGAACAGAGAAACACGAAGCGUUGACAAACUACGGAAGCUAUAUUUGGGGACGUGAUUUCAUUACAUUCAAACUUGUAUUACACGAACAUUUAUUUCGCUCCUAGUCUAUUCUGCAGAUCCAAAGCUUCCGUUUUUCCAUGUAUGAUCCACUGCCAUAGCCUCUUCUGUUCCAACACUAUUGUAGUUUGGACAUGACCGUUUGUACUGAAUUUCCUGCGGUUAUCCACAGUUUUCAACACAAUUGCAUUUCCGGAUUAUUGUAAGUUGUGGUCGCCUUAUUCAUCUAUAUUUUCAUGUAUGUUUUCACAGUUAUCCUAAUUCGGUCAGCAGAUCGGAUAUUGGAAUUAGGCGAGUAGUGUUCCAGUUGUCUUUUCUUCCCUCUCUCACGUGCCUGUCAAGCAAUCAGGUGACAGAAUAGAACAGAAAACUGAGGAACCCUGCUAAAUUUGGAAAAUGUAGUUGGACAGUUUCGGCAUAGCGCGUUCGUUGACUGACGAGAUUGUGCAACAUGAACAAAAUCCUAUCAGGAGAUCAUUCAUGAAACGCGAGCGAUCAGAUUUCCUGCAAGUGGACUGCAAGAGAAGGCCAUCUGCUUCUCAUAGUAGAUAUGACUAAUGACGUCUCACCUAUCACUUGUAAAUAUUGCCUCAUCAAUUUUCGUAUUUGUUCUAUUUAUUGCAGUUAACCGAAUUGGUCACGUUUCACAACGAUCACAAUGACAUCGAGUUUCCUUAGUUACGCACCCUGUUCAAUGUAUAACAUAUUUUGUCAAGGGUGAAGAUGAUGUGAACAGAGAAACACGAAGCGUUGACAAACUACGGAAGCUAUAUUUGGGGACGUGAUUUCAUUACAUUCAAACUUGUAUUACACGAACAUUUAUUUCGCUCCUAGUCUAUUCUGCAGAUCCAAAGCUUCCGUUUUUCCAUGUAUGAUCCACUGCCAUAGCCUCUUCUGUUCCAACACUAUUGUAGUUUGGACAUGACCGUUUGUACUGAAUUUCCUGCGGUUAUCCACAGUUUUCAACACAAUUGCAUUUCCGGAUUAUUGUAAGUUGUGGUCGCCUUAUUCAUCUAUAUUUUCAUGUAUGUUUUCACAGUUAUCCUAAUUCGGUCAGCAGAUCGGAUAUUGGAAUUAGGCGAGUAGUGUUCCAGUUGUCUUUUCUUCCCUCUCUCACGUGCCUGUCAAGCAAUCAGGUGACAGAAUAGAACAGAAAACUGAGGAACCCUGCUAAAUUUGGAAAAUGUAGUUGGACAGUUUCGGCAUAGCGCGUUCGUUGACUGACGAGAUUGUGCAACAUGAACAAAAUCCUAUCAGGAGAUCAUUCAUGAAACGCGAGCGAUCAGAUUUCCUGCAAGUGGACUGCAAGAGAAGGCCAUCUGCUUCUCAUAGUAGAUAUGACUAAUGACGUCUCACCUAUCACUUGUAAAUAUUGCCUCAUCAAUUUUCGUAUUUGUUCUAUUUAUUGCAGUUAACCGAAUUGGUCACGUUUCACAACGAUCACAAUGACAUCGAGUUUCCUUACUUACGCACCCUGUUCAAUGUAUAACAUAUUUUGUCAAGGGUGAAGAUGAUGUGAACAGAGAAACACGAAGCGUUGACAAACUACGGAAGCUAUAUUUCGGGACGUGAUUUCAUUACACUCAAACUUGUAUUACACGAACAUUUAUUUCGCUCCUAGUCUAUUCUGCAGAUCCAAAGCUUCCGUUUUUCCAUGUAUGAUCCACUGCCAUAGCCUCUUCUGUUCCAACACUAUUGUAGUUUGGACAUGACCGUUUGUGCUGAAUUUCCUGCGGAUAUCCACAGUUUUCAACACAAUUGCAUUUCCGGAUUAUUGUAAGUUGUGGUCGCCUUAUUCAUCUAUAUUUUCAUGUAUAUUUUCACAGUUAUCCUAAUUCGGUCAGCAAAUCGGAUAUUGGAAUUAGGCGAGUAGUGUUCCAGUUGUCUUUUCUUCUCUCUCUCACGUGCCUGUCAAGCAAUCAGGUGACAGAAUAGAACAGAAAACUGAGGAACCCUGCUAAAUUUGGAAAAUGUAGUUGGACAGUUUCGGCAUAGCGCGUUCGUCGACUGACGAGAUUGUGCAACAUGAACAAAAUCCUAUCAGGAGAUCAUUCAUGAAACGCGAGCGAUCAGAUUUCCUGCAAGUGAACUGGAAGAGAAGGUCAUCUGCUUCUCAUAGUAGAUAUGACUGAUGACGUUUCACCUAUCACUUUUAAAUAUUGCCUCAUCAAUUAUCGUAUUUGUUCUAUUUAUUGCAGUUAACGAAAUUGGUCACGUUUCACAACGAUCACAUUGACAUCGAUUUUCCUCAUUUACGCACCCUGUUCAAUGUAUAACAUAUUUUGUCAAGGGUGAAGAUGAGCAGAUGAGCAGAGAAACACGAAGCGUUGACAAACUACGGAAGCCUAAUUUGUGGACGUCAUUUCAUGACUUUCAGUACAUCGAUUACCAAGUUCAUGACAAUACAUUGUCAUCUUGAAAAUUGUGAGAUUCGAUCGGGUCGCUCGUCUAUGUAUUCACGUAUGUUUUCACACUAAUGUGAAUUGGAGUAGCAGAUCGGAUUUCGGAUAGGUGAAGUAAGCUACUUCUCUAUACGUUGUUUCAUUCAAUUCAGAGCUUGUAUAUCAGUAAGAUUUAUUCUUGCCUCUGGUUCAUUUUCCAGAUCAUGAGGUUCCGUUUGAUGUAUGAUGCACUGUCACAGCAUUUUCAGUUUAAUGACAGUUGAAUUAAGCACGAAGCAUUUCGUAAUCUAUACAUUUCAUUGUAAUUAACAAGUUCAUGACAAAUUUUCGUCAUCAUAAAAAUUGUGAGAUUUGAUCAUGUCGGUCGUCUAUGUAUUCGUGUAUGUUUUCACACUAAUGUGAAUUGGAGUAGUUGAAAGUAUUUCGGAAUGAAGCGAGUAGUGUUCCAGUUGUCUUGUUUUAUCUCCCUGACGUGCCUGUCAUAUAAUCAGGCGAUAGAAUAGAAGAGAAUAACGACGAACUAUUCUCAAUGUGCAAAAUGUUCUUGCACACACUCGACAUGGCAAUUGAUUGACUGACAAGACUGUGCAACUCUAACAAAAUCGUAUGAGCAGAUCAUAAUUGAAACUCACAGGAACAGACAUACUGAAAAUGAACGCAAAGUAAAGAGGAUGUGCAUAAGAGGGGAGAUAUCAAUGACGCUGUCUUAUCUGUCACAUGUAAAUUUUGACUUAUCAUUUUCCUUGUUUUCCCUUUCCAUUCCAAUUAACUGAAUUAGUCUCAUUUUACAACGAUCACAAUCCCAUCCAAUUUCCCUUACAUACGCAUUCAGAUCAACGGCUGUUAUAUUAUUAUUCGUUGAUGGGGAAGAUCAUGUGAACUGACAAACAAGCAGCUUUGAUAGGUGAAGGAAUCUAUUUUUCUAUACGUUGUUUCAUUCAAUUCAGAGCUUGUAUAUCAGUAUGAUUUAUUCUUGACAACACAUCCACCGGAUUGGUUGCGGUACGCUUGGAAUUUGCGUUACGCUGACACGGUAUUUAUUAUAAAGUGCUUAUAUAUCCUUAAACCCUUGUUCAUAAUUCGAUAAUACCACUCAAUUAACCUUUGAAAAUAAUAUCGUUCGAGUGACACGAAAACGUGCUCGAAAUUUUCCUGUUACUUCAGGUAUUGAUAACUCUGGUCUUACCUACACCCCGUGCUCUGCUACUCCUGUUGCACCAGAUAACAGUGGGAGUGUGCUUAUUAAACACAUGUUGCUGGAUGACUCUAUGUCUAACUUAAUAAUGAGUUCUAUCUCACGAAGAGAUGGUUUCGAUCUUAUUAAGAGCGAAUUAGCCGCUGUCUUUAAGCAAUUAAGUGAUAUAGGUUAAAAUGUGGAGUCACUUGCGGGCUCUUUAUUAAAGCAUGAUGAUCUUAAACUAGAACUAAAGACACUGUCACCCCUUCGACUGCUGUUGUCAAAAGACAUAGUUCCUUCUGAACUCGAAGACAGGUUCAAAGUAGAAUUCGUUAUUGACUCGAUAGCUAGCGAAGUCACCAAGCGAAUAAUCUCACGAAAUAACGUGAUUUUAUAUAAUAUACCUGACAAGGUUGCCAUCAAAACUGUAAGAAACUCGAUACUAAAGGCAGCUAACCUCCAGGACAGUCCAUGCUAAUGUAUCCGACUUAACAAAAAGCAUCAAAAAUACUCGUGCCUUAUCCUGUUUAGAUUCGAUUCCCAUUUAUUAGCGGAACGUUUGAAAGAAUCUGAACAGCUAGUCUGUGCGCAUACGAAGUUUGAAAACGCUCGUAUAGUCUCAGACAAAACCACCAAUCAAAGAUUAACAGAAAAGCGUACCAUGAACGAAAAUAACAUUGUUGAGGUCACAACAAAUGUGAUCGUGCCAGCAGCUGAACUUACAGGUGCUGCUAAUUUAUCUCAUGUUAGUCAGUAUACUGAUAUACCAAUACAGUGUGUUAGUUUGCCUCUCAUACCCCUAGUGGCCCUAGAUAACCAGGACAUGUCUGAUGAAUACUCUAAUGUCAUUCUUUCCAGUGUAAUAUCGGAAGCCAAGGAUCGUUCACCUGAUUCUAUAGUGAAGGCUCAUAAAAACACUGCUUAACCUAAAAAGGAUAUACCAAUAAAGAAGAAAGUAAAUAAAGAACCUUCUAGUUCUAAACCGAUUACCAAAAAUAUUUCAUCGGCCUUACCAAACAAAAGUAUAAUUUCUGAAACUUUGCUUAACCCUACUCAUCGUGAGGGAGGUUAUUAGGACACAUUUCGUUCAAACGUUACACGAGACGGCCACUACAACCAUCAGUUAAGCAGGCCUACUAUUAGACGGGCAGCAAUAAACCAACGUGCCCCAUGGUUUCCCCUAUAUGUAAUAAAUAAUAAACCUGCAAGAUGUAACUCUUGUCAUCACUCUCGCAGUGGAGAAGAUGGUAUACUAGGUUAUGCACCAUCAACGCAACCCCAACAUGCAAGCACCUGUCUUAAUUGUCCACCAAAACAAGUACAACAAAUUAUUCAACCUUACCAAAAUAAGGAUUUUUUCUUCGGCCUCCAGAGAUCUUUUGUUCCACUAGCACUACAGUUCGCUCAUGCUAUAGCCCAUGCGAUACGGCAAACACAUUGAACCAUAGUCCAGGCAUAGCUAGAACUCAUACCAUCGAUAAGGAUGCUCUCGGUUUUUUUACACUACACACUUCCUUUUUAAACUUAUUACUCAUUAACGCACGUUCACUUCUGAACAAAAUCUCAGACUUGAGAACCUUAGCCUUUCUAGCCAAGCCUUCUUUUAUACUUAUCACUGAAACGUGGUGUUAUCCAGCAGUGGCCGAUUCCGAAUUCAUUAUCCAAAACUGUCGACUCUAUCGUUGUGACUGAGAAACUGAGCGAGGAGGCGGUUGUCUUAUAUUUGCUUUGGAUACCUUAACAACUAAUAAAGUUGCAGAUAGUAUCUUGAAUAGUUUAUCAGAAUUGAUCUGGAUAUCAAUCAAUACCUCAAACCAUAGUCUACUCCUAGGUUGUAUAUAUAGAGCUCCUGAUAGUACUGAUAAUUUGAAUGAUCGUAUUAUCAAUGCAUUUAUACACGCAUCUACUCUAAACUUCAGUGCUAAGAUUAUCACUGGUGAUUUCAAUUAUCCUGGGAUUAACUGGAGUACCGGUAGUUGUCAGUCCAGCAAUGAUGAAUUUUUAUCAAUCCUUAAUUUGUACUGCUGGUCACAGUAGGUUCGUACCCCAACAAGGGGUGAUAAUACACUUGAUCUAAUAUUUAGUAGAGAUAUCAUUCCUCUAUCUGUACAAGUAUACAUCGAGUUUGAAAGCAGUGAUCAUAAGAUAGUAGCUUGUGCUCUCCCCAUCUAUCCCUCCUACAACCGACCAAUUCAAAGAACCUGCAAUUAAAGAGACUAUAAGCAUGCAGACUGGAACCUCUUGCGCUCACUGAUCGAACUCUCAGACUGGGAUGAAUUCUGACAGAUGCCAUCAACAUGUUCUAUUUGAUUGUUAACUCUUGUCUAGACUCCUGUGCACCAAUUAAGACAAUUAAGACUUAUAGUAACAUCACGAAUUAUAUGUACCAGCUAAAUAUCGUAAUAAACUAAGACGCCUAAAGAAACGUUAUUUUAAACCUAACGACUUCACGGCAGUCACACAAAUAACAAUAAUUUUUAACC